AUGAGCUGCUGCGGCCUGAUUUUAUCCGCUGUCGCCGCUGUUACGUUAGCUGCGAUCAGGAGCUCGCUCCGCCAUUGCCGCUGUUGCGGUAGCUGCUGCGAUCAGGAUCUCGUCGCCGCCGUUGCGGUAGCUGCUGCGAUCAGGAUCUCGUCGCCGCCGUUGCGGUGGUGUUUUCGUUCAGCCUUGGCGCCACGCGUUUGA